AUGCCUUCCAUUGCUGAGGAGUGUCGCAACGGGGCCGCCCCGUCAGUCGUCACAGUGGAGGACUCCGACUGGGAGGAAAGCUCCCAGCGCCACUUUUCAUUUCGGCGUUUGCUGAAAUUCAUGGGCCCGGGUAUCCUCAUGUCCAUUGCGUACGUGGACCCCGGCAACCUGGAGAGCGACCUGCAGGUGGGCGCCCAGGCGGGCUACGUGCUGCUGUGGCUGCUGCUGCUGAGCACGGUCAUGGGUCUUGUCGUACAGAUGCAAGCCGCCAAGCUUGGAGUGGUGACAGGGCAGCACCUGGCUCAGCACUGCAGGUGGCAGUACCCCCCGGGGCCCCGUAUCGCGUUGUGGCUCAUGGCAGAGAUAGCCAUCAUCGGCAGCGACAUCCAGGAGGUCAUAGGUAGCGCUAUCGCCCUGUCGCUGCUCAGCGGCGGUCGACUGCCGCUGUGGGCGGGAGUGCUGCUCACCGCCGCGGACUCGUUCGCGCUGCUGUUCAUUGAGCGACUGGGGAUUCGGGUGCUGGAGGGAUUCUUUGCGGGCAUGGUGGGGGUCAUGGUGGGGACCUUUGGUGUCAUGUACGGCAGGGCGGGUGUUCCCCUGGAGCAGGUGGCUCGGGGGUUUGUGGUGCCGCAACUGCCCCGGAAGGACAUCCCGGUGGCAGUAGCCCUUCUGGGCUCCCUCAUCAUGCCGCACAAUAUCUACCUGCACAGCGCCCUGGUGCAGACACGCAGAUUGGGGAGUGACGCACCGGGAGCCAAGAGGGAGGCGCUGACGUACUUUGGAAUUGAGAGCGCCUUGUCGCUGGUGGUUGCGGUGGUGAUCAAUCUGUUCAUCACUGCCGUAUUCGCGGCUGGCUUCUAUGGCGCUGACCUGCCGGACAUCGGGUUACAGAACGCGGGGCGGUACCUGGGGGAAACGUACGGACAGCCCGUGGUGUACAUCUGGGCUCUGGGGCUGCUGGCCGCGGGUCAGUCGUCCACCAUGACGGGAACCUACACUGGCCAGUUCGUGAUGGGGGGAUACCUGGACCUGAAGGUGUCCCCCUGGUGCCGAGUGGCCAUCACCCGGGCGGUGGCCAUCGCCCCCACCCUGCUGGUGGCGCUGCUGUGCGGCGGGGGCAGCCAGCUGGACCAGCUCAACCAGGGACUGAACCUCCUGCAGAGCAUACAGCUGCCCUUCGCACUGGUGCCGGUUCUCACCUUCACCUCCUCCCCCGUCAUCAUGGGCGAGUUCGCCAACUCCCCCGCCACCUCGGCCCUCUGUUGGGCCAUCGCCGCUGUCGUCUUGCUCAUUAACGGA